UACCCAUCUUUCUUCUAUAGAUAUCGUGGAGAAGCUGUAGCAUUGAGACCACAUUCUUCCAACUGUAAAAGUCUAAUUUAUCAAAAGUUAAAUUUUGACUCGUUAUUAUAAGUAUGGCAUUGUCAAUUAGAGGAUUCAUUCGACUGAAUUUCAGUCGUGUGAACAAUGUAUACUCAACAAAUAAUUUACUUAAUGUCGGCGUUCGGCAUUUGUUCACAAACAGUGCUUUAGGUAUAAUCGCAUUUGAAAACACAAGAAAUAUUUAUCGUAAUCAAUUUCAGUCGAUAGAGGCUACAUUUCGUUCGAAAAUGAAGGAUAUUUGUGAAUCAACAAAAGAGGUAGUCUUCACAGAAGACUUAAAAGCAAUGUUACAUUUAAUCCAAAAGAAUGAAUCAGAUUUGCAAUUAAUUAAUAAAAUGAUCGAAAAGUAUGAAUGUAGCAAUAAAGAGAUAAAGUUUGGAACAUAUGUGUUUGGUCCAGUGGUGAUGAGAAUGUAUUACUACUUAAAUGAACCAACGGCUGCAAUGGAUAUUUUCUAUAAACUUGAUCAAACACCGUUUUUUAAACAAUCGACAACAAUGCAUAUUCUAUUUUCUCUCUUGUACAAAAAUGAUAUGUUUGUUGAAUUGCAACAAGUAUACGAACAUCUAAUGAAUGUAGAGGAAUGGUACAACUCCUUAAAGCACUGUAUAGUUACUCUCACUGCUGCGUGUUACAAAGCCAAUACUCCAGAGUCAUUUGAAUUCGCCUUGAAGGUAUGGAGACAAAGCCAAGAUAAAGACUUUCAUCCACCCAAUAGAGCUACUGCAAUUUUAGCUGCUUUAGCAUUAAAGCAAGGUGCACCUGAAUUGGGAUUAGAGUUGGUAGCUAAUAUAAAUAAGGCACAGUACAUCAACACUAGGUGUAUUAAAAUAAUGGCAUAUAUGCAUUUGAACAAGUAUCUACAAAUAAUUCCUAUCUUCAAAACUACAUUGAAUCAAGAUACAUCCUCAUUCAAGCAGACUUAUUAUGCUGAUGUGAUUUCUAAACUCGAAUCUAAUAUCAAAGAUAUGCCAGAUGAUGGAAUUCAAGAAUUAUUACAUUUGAUAGGUUUACUCUACAAACACGAACAUAUUACAACAAAUGGUACUUUAGAGGAGAGUUUAUUAAGACCCAGAAAUCACAUCUUCAGACUCAAAGAAUACGUGGAUCAAGACACUAAUGCUCGAGACUAUACGCCACGAAUCCCUCCGCCUCGUAAUGAUUUUAACAAAAAUAGGUCUCGAUACAAUAUUCGUUCCUAAUGCAUUUCUCAUAAUUCUUUAGAAUUCUUAAGUAUGAAACUUACCAUUAUUAAUUAAUUAGAAAAUAUAAACAUAAUGUAUCACUUGUGUGAUUGUUAAAUGAAGUAGUAGACUGGGCGUUAGUGUAUUCUAGUAACUAUAUUCUAUUGUACACUAAUAAAGUCUCAUAUUAAACUAUGUUAUACGAGA